UUCAAACAAAAGGUCCAUUUUGCCUAGUGCCUGGCGUUCAAAUGAGCUAGUUGCGCAGUUUGUGCAAUUGUUCAAAGUUUUAGCACGAUUCGGCUGCAUAUAAUUACGAAACGAGAAUCCUUCGAGUGGACAGCCAAUUUUCUUCGUUCGUCAUGGAUCUCAAUCCGGGCAAGCGAUACAGUGCUCGUGAUCUCUACCAAGAACUACCGGCACCGUGGAAGGCUCGCCUGCUUCAGCUUCUGCGCGACCACCCGAUCGCCCAUCAAAAUAAGCCGGCUCUUUUUGGUGAAAUAUUUAAUCAGCUUUGCCAGUAUUCCUACCUGGCGCGUUUCAAAUUUGGCGCUGAUUUGAAGGACGAUAACAAAGCAAGGCUAUCGCGCAUCAAAGGGAACGAAAUGUACCACCCCCGGGUGAUGAAAUACAAUGAUGCGCUAGUAUACUACAACGAAGCGAUUGCAUUUGCGCCGAAAGACUCGGUGGAUCGGGCAAUAGCGUACGCCAACCGGUCCAUCAUCUGCCUGGAGCAGGGCAUGUACGGGGAAUGUUUGGUAAACACACAGCUGGCACGUGAGUCCAGCUUUCCGCCGCGAUUCUUGGGAAUACUAGCUGUCCGGGAAGCAAAGGCAAAGGCAGCUUGCCAGGCGAUGAGACAACAGAACAAAGUCAGCGGUAACAGGAGCACCAAUCGUAACCGCCAUCAGGCGAAGGAUCGUAAGAUCGGCUCGUCGGACAUACCCACUGCUAGCGCAAAUAAAUGCAAACUGCGCCAGAAAAUCGAAGGUGAAACAAGAACGAUGCUAGACGCGCAUCGCUACACAAUGUGCGAUUUUUGCCACACAGUACGGCUGCACACCCUGAUUCCGUGCGAAGGAUGCACCAUGGUCAUGUACUGUUCGGAGGAUUGCUUGUCCAAGGCACGGCUACAGUACCACCGCUACGAGUGCACCAUUAUCCGGAACUUGUGGAACAUGUCUGGCGUGUACGCCAUUACGGUUUGGCGUACAAUCGCCAAAGCGAUCUUGUCGUUCCAGAACUUGCAGGCGAUGAAGGAGUACCUUGAGAUGACGCUGCAGCUGAACCAGCUUUGCGACAUAGCAGCCAACUCGCUGGCCCUCACACCAUACCGUACGAACAUCAAUCCAGCAUUGCCGUUCAGAACGUUCCUAGCGGCCAUCAUGCAUCGAAUGGUACUGGACGGAACGCAGCUGGGUCCGUUCUGUGUCUACGAUCCGGCCAUGAACCGGCUGCUGUGCGAUUUGAUCCUCCAUUAUCUUAACGUCUUCAGCGAGAUAGAACGCACCUGAGAUGAGAUGCCUUACAUUUUCCAGACUCCCAUUCCCAAUGUAAGGUUGAAAUGAAUCAGCAAGGGUGUCAUGCACGUUGCAGAGGCUUCAGGAGCUAUCAACAACGAAGCACUGCGGAGAAGUCUUGCGAGGGAAAGGAAACUCUAAUAAUACAUCAUGCUAUGAAAGUUACGAAGUUUGACAAAAAUUGUGCAGAAGGUCCUUUAUCCUUCAGGUAUGUCAGAAUCGGUUAUCAGAAUUUAGUUUUGAUACUGUUUGAAGUUUAAAUUUACAUACAAAAUAUUCCACGAUCACACUACACUCGAUAUCAUACGAAAUGUACGUUUUGCGUCUAAAAAUCAAUCAAUCGAGCUGUUUUACCACUCACACGCCUCCUGUGGUUUUCAAGAACGCAAUAAAAUACGCAGUUGCCUCCGGAAGCAAAACGGACGACAAAAGGGCUUGUUGUCUUUUUUAUACAUUAAUAUUCCUGGCGUGUUACCGCAAAACGGUCGCAAUUAAGGAUCCCUUUUUAAAUGAACUGCAUAAACCUUUUUUUUUCUUUCAAAUGUUGUCCACAUUUUGCAAUCAAACAUUUAUUCCGGGCUGUAGCGCUUUCACUGAAA